AUGCUAAUGCCUUCGGCGCUUUCGUGCGACGCGUCGCAUCCGCCUGUCACCAGGCUACAAUCUGCUCUUUUCGCGUCGCCUCCCGCCAGCCCCCCAACAAGCUCGCACAGCAGCACGCUCGGGAACAUUUUCAGCUCAUGCAGGGCGCUCCAGUCCAUGCUUACAGUUCCCCCGACAACACCUUCGAAUGAACACGUCGACGCGCAUCGAGAUCCACUACCUACACCGCCAAUGGCCCACACCGCCCUUCCACCUCUAAAACUGCGUCUGCGAUCGCGCAAAGCGGACACUAACGGGGAGGCCAUUCCGCGCAAGAGGGUCGUGAAGCGAUCUGCGGCGCCCCCUCGGGGCGUUAACAAGCGGAGUCGUUCCAUUGAAGACGACAUGGGUCGCGACGACGAUAUUGAUAGCGAUCUUGAGAUCGGCAGCCCGCACAACAGAGGCCAGAACCAGGAAACUGAGGAAGUACCGACCUUUCGACCCGCCACACCAAAGCGCGCUCGCAUCGCGCCGGAAGUGAUCCCGCUUGGCCUAGAUCGAAAGGACUUCCAUACCUUACAUACCACCAAUGGGGAAGAGGAGACUGCUACGGAAGGCACGGAAGUGGAGAUAGAGGCUGAUGGUGAACGGUGGAGCAAAGAAGACGACCGGAUAUUGGUCGAGCUUGUCUUGGAGAAGCUCAAACUCUCCAAGACAGAUUGGCAAGACUGCGCCCGGAGUCUCGGCAAAGAUAGAAGUAGUAUCGGGCGACGGUGGAGGAGUCUGAUGAUAAAUGGGGAUGUCGGCCUCAAAUCAACGAGGAGUCGACGGAGCAAGAUCCACAGCACCUGGAGGUGA